AUGCGCUUUUCCCUCCUCAAGUCUGUCGUCGCCGCCCUGGCUGUUUGCAGCCAGACUGCCUUUGGCCAGAUUACGCCUGCCCAGGUCGUUGACAAUAUCGAGGCCCUCACGACUAAAUCGCAGGCCCUGCAGGCUCCUGCGCAGAGAAUCAGUAUCAUCAAUGGCCCUCUGAUCGUCGUGGGCCUCGGUCCCUUCCCCGCUUUGAUCACUGGGUUCACCGACAUUGUGAGCACCGCCACGGUCGCCAUUUCGCAAAUGCAGGGCAUGGCCGAUGUCCCCGCCGGUCCCCCGUCGGAUGCCAUUUUCGACGCCUUCCGCGAGUUCGUCAGGGUCCACCAGGUUCUCCUGAACAUUCUCAUCGGCAAGGCUGGUCUCUUCAACACCGUGCCCAUCAUUGGACAGCCCGUUGCCGCUGUGCUGCGUUCCAUCGAGAAAGUUGUUGACACUGCCGCCUUCAUGCUCAUCGAUGCUGUUGAGAGCCGUGCCGAGGACCUGCAGAGCCAGGCCCAGAGCCUCAAGGGUACCAUCACUGUCGCUAUCGGCAGCUACGAAGGUCUCAACGUGUAA